UGACUUCUUCCAAUGUCACCUACAGCCCCAUUGGUCUCAGUGCAGCCCAAAACUUUAAUGCAAAGGAAAAGUCUGGAUUGGUUUCACAGGCCUUUUAAAAAGCGGACUUAAAAGUUGCUGGACAUGCAUUCCUUCUCGGCGGAGUGGAGAGCAAGCUCUGGUUGAGAUCUAUGUGACCGGUGUCUUUCCGGAGAGCAGGGUAGGGAAGAGAGGGCAGGAAAUUGGUUGGAGAGACAGAUAGGGGAUUGGUGACUUCCACAGGCGAAGGUGCAGAGAGCCGUCGAAGAUGUUCUGUUUCCAGCCCGCUGGGGAGUUGAAAUGACUUUUAGUACUGUUGAUCCUUUUCAGACUUCCCUGUGAACUUUGUAUCUAAAAUUCUCUUGCAAAGAAACUCUUCCUCAGCCCUCAAAAUACACUUAGAAUUAAGAAACUUUUGGGUAGCGUUGCGAUUACAUGACUUCAAAUUAACCAACUUGGAAUAGAAUUCCAGACUCCCGUUUACACGUGUGAACCUCAGACCCAGUUUCCCGUUCUCAUGGAAGUCGUCUUUCUGUGAUUGACCCCAUUGUACUGCCGUGGGAGGCAGUGGUGUGAAGUUCUGGGUACAUACUGUUUCCUGCUAAUCCCCACGGAUCAUUCUGGAAGAUCUUGAGCCCUCUUCUGGAAAAGGGUGCCUAUCAUUCAUUGCUUUAUGGGGCAGCAGCCUGGAAAAGUUCUUGGGGACCAAAGAAGGCCUAGUUUGCCCGCCCUGCAUUUUAUCAAGGGGUCAGGGAAGCGAGAGUCAUCACGGCAUGGGGGUCCACACUGCAACGUGUUCGUGGAACAUGGGGGAAAGACUCACUGUGUAGGUCAAGACUGGUGUUGGAUACAUAAUCCUUACCUCCCACAUGCUGGGAUUGCAGAAGCCCUGCAGAGGCCAGUGGCAUCUGACUUUGAGCCCCAGGGUCUCAGUGAAGCAGCUCGAUGGAACUCCAAGGAAAACCUUCUUGCUGGGCCCAGUGAAAAUGACCCCAACCUUUUUGUGGCGCUAUACGAUUUUGUGGCCAGUGGAGAUAACACUCUCAGCAUUACUAAAGGUGAAAAGCUCCGGGUCUUAGGUUAUAAUCACAAUGGGGAAUGGUGUGAAGCCCAAACGAAAAAUGGCCAAGGAUGGGUCCCAAGCAACUACAUCACUCCUGUCAACAGCCUGGAGAAACAUUCCUGGUAUCAUGGGCCUGUGUCCCGAAAUGCUGCUGAGUAUCUGCUGAGCAGUGGGAUCAACGGCAGCUUCUUGGUGCGGGAGAGUGAGAGCAGUCCUGGCCAGAGGUCCAUCUCCCUGAGAUAUGAAGGGAGGGUGUACCACUACAGGAUCAACACCGCUUCCGAUGGCAAGCUCUAUGUCUCCUCGGAGAGCCGCUUCAACACUCUGGCCGAGUUAGUUCACCAUCAUUCCACGGUGGCUGAUGGGCUCAUCACCACGCUGCACUACCCAGCUCCCAAGCGCAACAAGCCCACCAUCUAUGGCGUGUCCCCCAACUAUGACAAGUGGGAGAUGGAGCGCACAGACAUCACCAUGAAGCACAAGCUGGGUGGCGGCCAGUAUGGGGAGGUGUACGAAGGUGUAUGGAAGAAGUACAGCCUGACCGUGGCUGUGAAGACCUUGAAGGAGGACACCAUGGAGGUGGAGGAGUUCCUGAAGGAGGCUGCAGUGAUGAAGGAGAUCAAGCAUCCUAACCUGGUGCAGCUGCUAGGGGUGUGUACCCGGGAGCCCCCGUUCUACAUCAUCACAGAGUUCAUGACCUAUGGUAACCUGCUGGACUACCUGAGAGAGUGUAACCGGCAAGAGGUGAGCGCCGUGGUAUUGCUCUACAUGGCUACACAGAUCUCAUCAGCCAUGGAGUACCUGGAGAAGAAGAACUUCAUCCACAGAGACCUUGCUGCUCGAAACUGCCUGGUUGGGGAAAACCAUUUGGUGAAGGUGGCUGAUUUUGGCCUGAGCAGGUUGAUGACAGGGGACACCUACACGGCCCAUGCUGGAGCCAAAUUCCCCAUCAAGUGGACUGCACCUGAGAGCCUCGCCUACAACAAGUUCUCCAUAAAGUCGGACGUCUGGGCAUUUGGAGUAUUGCUCUGGGAAAUUGCUACCUAUGGCAUGUCACCUUACCCAGGAAUUGACCUGUCACAGGUUUAUGAGCUGCUGGAAAAAGACUACCGUAUGGAGCGCCCUGAAGGCUGCCCAGAGAAGGUCUACGAACUCAUGCGAGCAUGUUGGCAGUGGAAUCCCUCUGACCGGCCCUCCUUUGCUGAAAUCCACCAAGCCUUUGAAACCAUGUUCCAGGAGUCCAGUAUUUCAGAUGAGGUGGAGAAGGAGCUGGGGAAGCGGGGCAUGAGAGGAGCUGCUGGCAGCAUGCUGCAGGCACCAGAGCUGCCCACCAAGACCAGGACAUGCAGGAGAGCUGCUGAGCAGAAAGACGCACCUGACACCCCUGAGCUUCUCCACAUGAAGGGCCUGGGAGAAAGCGAUGUGCUGGACAGUGAGCCUGCCGUGUCACCACUGCUUCCUCGGAAAGAGCGUGGGCCCCCAGAUGGCACUCUAAAUGAAGAUGAGCGCCUUCUUCCCAAGGACAAAAAGACCAACUUGUUCAGUGCCUUGAUUAAGAAGAAGAAGAAAAUGGCACCAACACCCCCUAAGCGCAGCAGCUCCUUCCGGGAGAUGGAUGGCCAGCCAGAACGCAGAGGGGCUAGUGAGGAUGAUGGCCGGGAAAUCAGCAAUGGGCCACCAGCUCUCACCCCCUCAGAUACAGCAGAACCCACCAAGUCCCCAAAGGCCAGCAAUGGGGCUGGGGUCCCCAAUGGAGCCUUCCGGGAGCCAGGCAGCUCGGGCUUUCGAUCUCCCAACCUGUGGAAAAAGUCCAGCACGCUGACCAGCAGCCGUCUGGCUGCCAGUGAAGAGGAGAGUGGCAUCAGCUCCAGCAAGCGAUUCCUGCGCUCUUGCUCAGCCUCCUGCAUGCCCCAUGGGGCCAAGGACACAGAGUGGCGGUCAGUCACCCUGCCUCGGGACUUGCCAUCUGCCGGCAAACAGUUUGACUCAUCCACCUUUGGGGGUCACAAAAGCGAAAAGCCAGCUCUGCCUCGGAAACGAGCCAGUGAGACCAGAUCUGAGCAGGUGGCCAGAGGCACGGUGACACCCCCUCCUCGGCUGGUGAAGAAGAGUGAGGAGGCUGCUGAUGAAGUCUUCAAGGACAUGGAAUCCAGCCCAGGCUCCAGCCCUCCCAGCUUGACUCCCAAACUCCUCCGUCGGCAGGUCACUGCCUCUCCUUCCUCUGGCCUCUCUCACAAGGAAGAGGCCACCAAGGGCAGUGCCUCGGGUACUCCUGCCGCUGCUGAGCCGAUACCCCCCAGCAGCAGAGUGAGUCUAAGCAAGGCCUCCUCUGAGGAGACCCGAGUAAGGAGGCACAAGCACAGCUCAGAGUCCCCAGGGAGAGAGAAGGGGCGGCUGUCGAAGCUCAAGCCCGCUCCACCACCUCCACCUGCCUCCUCAGGGAGAACCGGAAAGCCUGCCCAGAGCCCCAGCCAAGAACUGCCUGGGGAGGGAGGUGGGGCUGCGAAGACGAAAUGCUCAAGUCCGGCUGUGGAUGCUAUGAACAGUGACCCCACCAAGGCUGGCCAGCCUGGAGAAGGACUAAGAAAGCCUGUGCCCCCAUCCGUGCCAAAGCCCCAGUCAGCUAGUAAGCCUCCAGGGACCCCCACCAGCCCGGUCCCCACACCUGCCACAGCAUCAGCGCCUUCAUCCGUACCCGGGGACCAGCCAUCUUCUGCGGCCUUCAUCCCACUCAUAUCAACCCGCGUGUCUCUGCGAAAGACCCGCCAGCCGCCGGAGCGCAUCGCCAGCGGCACCAUCACCAAGGGUGUGGUUCUGGACAGCACUGAGGCCCUGUGCCUUGCCAUCUCCCGGAACUCAGAGCAGAUGGCCAGCCACAGUGCCGUGCUGGAGGCUGGCAAGAACUUGUACACAUUCUGUGUGAGCUACGUGGACUCCAUCCAACAGAUGAGGAACAAGUUUGCCUUCCGUGAGGCCAUCAACAAGCUGGAGAACAACCUCCGAGAGCUGCAGAUCUGCCCUGCGACAGCCUCCAGUGGCCCAGCUGCCACACAGGACUUCAGCAAGCUGCUUAGCUCUGUGAAGGAGAUCAGCGACAUCGUACGGAGGUAGCAGCAGCCAGUGCAUGCCAGCCAGAGAUGGUGCAGUCCAUGGGGCUUUUGUGCCUGCAAGGAUGGGGGACAGAGGACUGGGGAACUGGCAUCUUGGCCCAGGAGCUUUACAGUGCAUCAGGCAGAGCCAGGGCCUGAUGUGAUCGGCCCUUCUACUUGUGUUGUGCACCAGCUGUUCUUUCCUCCCAGCCCAGGUACCGUAAGCCACUUUUUUUCACUGCCUAUGUGUGGGCCUCCUGCUCUGAAGACUGCAGCUGGCCUGCCAGGCCACCAGGCUCCAAGUCAACUGGGAGUCCUCACAAGGGCUGUCCUUUCCACAUCCUCGCAGGAGAACAUCCUCCUCUGACGCACCUGGUCACCGAGGCGUGGGAGCCCCUGUGCUUAGGACCUGUCCCGGAGAGCCUGUGCUCAUUGUUUUCUCAUGUGAAGGAAGCUGUUGAUUUGAGGGUCAUGAGGUGCUAAAGCCAAGGGCCCAGGUGGGUAGGUGCUGGAGCUGGAGCUGCGGCAGUGUGGUCUGUCAUCUGUUCUUAUCCUCAGAGUGUGCCCUGCAGAUCAUGGGUAGCAAGGUUGAGUUUCAUGGGUGGCAGUUGCUUAUUGGCCAAGCCAAGAUUAGGGCUCCAGGGGGCCCCAAAGAUCGGAAUUUGUGAGCAUUCGUCUUCCCCUCCCCUGCUCCUGAGGUCAGGCCCAUCCUCUCUGGUCCUUGCCUUGAUGACGAGGAUCUGGUUUUCUGGUGGUUUUGAGCAUUUCAAAGCUCUGCACAGAAAGGAGCAGCCACUCAGCACAGACAGGAAGGAAUGACUGCAGGCCCAGGGCUCUCCUGAGCCCUUACUGCUCCUCAGAACUGCUGCUUAACUACCGAGAACAGGGCUUAGCCUAGUGUCCUGGGAGGUCCCGCAGCACGGGCUGGGGUGGAGUAGACUUUACAGGCUUAGCCGGGGCACGUCUUCCUUCCCCAGCAGCCAGACCAGAGGUGAGCACACAGACAGGUUGUGUCUCCUUGACUGUGACUCAGAGCAGCCAGCUGAAGAGCGGGGUUCCCGCCUUGGCUUGUACUGGGCCAGGCCGAGCCACCUCCACACUCCCUGCUCCUGCUCUCCGCUGCGCUGCUCUGCGCUGGCCCCAGUCUCACACCAGUCACCUAGACUCGGGUUGUAUUUUCUGGUAGAGAUGACUUCCUCUAGAUGGUUCUUCCAUGGUCCUCAGCACAUCACCUCCUUGCCUCCAGCAGCUGUUCUGCAGCCCAGGGGAGGCAGUACCACACUGCCAGAAGCCUUGAAAACCCAGACACCCCCAUGCCCUGACACCAUGUUCACAAGGUACCGGUCUGAUGUGCCACUAUUUUUUGCAUUAUACUUUGGUAUUACACUUUUUUAAUAGACAUGCUCUCUUACAAAUGACAUGUAAAUAUUCGCCGCUGUGCCCCUCUGGCACACCAAUGGCAUUCCUUUUUUCUCAGUCCAGUACAUUUUGUUUCUGUAUAUGACUCUGUUUUUUGAAUCCAAAUCUCUCUGUAGUAUUUUUUAAAUAAAUAAGUGUUUACAGAACUCUUGA